UUUGUUUAUCUCGCAGUCGUUUCCUGCCUGUUUCGUUUCUUACUGUAUCAGACCGGAGUUCAGUACACCUGGCCGAAAAAGAUGACGACGCACUUCAGCAAUGUACUGCGACAGGCAUUCAAAACGUUCGACCGGGCAAAUCACGCCAGCUUCAAUGCGAAUUUGCAGCACCUGCGUCAAUUGACGGACGAGCUGACCUACCGGGAUCUGCACCUCCGCGAGGAGCUCUUUCGCAACGGGGGAAGCCAUCGGGCACCGUGCAGCUACAUGCAUAUCUUCGAGGAUGAUCGCUUCUCCAUGAGCCUGUUUAUAGUGCGCGGUGCGAGCACUAUUCCCUUGCACGAUCACCCCAUGAUGUUCGGUCUGCUACGAUGCAUCUGGGGUCAGCUAAUGGUGGACAGCUUUUCGCACCAGUUGGGCCCGGAUGAGCCGCUCACCUAUGACCUUCAUCAAACAGUGGUGAAGGUGCAUGUCGAGGAACCCAUAUUGGUCACGCCGGCUAGUCCGUGUGCCACAUUGACUCCUAGAAAGAGAAAUUACCAUCAGAUUGCCCAAAUUGGUAGCGGCGUAGCCGCUUUCUUCGACAUUCUUAGUCCGCCAUACGAUGCGGAUAUGCCAACAUAUGGACCGCGACAGUGCCGCUUCUAUCGCGCCAAGACAGAUGGCAGCCAGGUGCAGCUGCACUGCAUCCCAUCACCGGAUACAUACUAUUGCGAUGUUGUGGACACGCCCGAAUCGGUAAUGCAGGCCGCUUUUCAGUGCGCCGACGAGGUAUAUGCCGAUAAUGCCAGCGGGACACAGUGAGUCGUUAUCUCGCUUCCCAACAGCUAACACCCUCCUAUUUAUUUGCCCAUCACUACCCGUUGGCUGCUCGUAUCAGCCAAGUAUCUUCUGUGUUAUUUAAAUAAAAUUGCCUCCUUUUUUUUGUAUAAA